UGGUCACAUGCAUGUAAAGGUCUGUAUGGAGAAUUUUUGAUUAUUCUUUUUCUUCCAAAGUAUUAGAAGAGAAGCCCUCGGUAAAAUCAUGAUAAUCCACCCAACAGCUAGUAAUAAAAAUGUUGUGUAUAAGGUGUAAAACUCGGGUUACCGGUGUAAUUUUUACAUUGUUGUGCACAUCAAACCCCCCUUCAAUGCCCUAUAAACUAAACAGCAUUGCCUAACGUUGCACACUGAUAUAAUACGCACUCGGAGUAGGCUUACUUUCCUAGUAGUAAGAAAAACGCCAUGAUCGUCGCCAAUGUCUCGAUGUUAUGUCCCUAUGUCUGGGACGUCGGUGGAAGGAACAUCUCUGCGUUUUGCUGCUCAGCGAAGGAAAACAGAAGCGACACGUUUUACGUGGAUUUCGGAUACGAUACAACAUUGGCUGCAGUUAUUUCCACAGUUGCCGCCAUCUUGGUGUGGGUGUUCUCUGUAUUAUUUUAUUUAACCUGCAAACAUGGAUGCUGUUUCUGCUGCCGAAUUCAGGUUGAUGUGGUUGAUGAAGAGCACAAUCUCGACGACCCUGUCUGGUGGGAGAAGAGGAGAAUUGUCUUUGACAUUAUCAGACUCCUCGGAACUUUGCUCAUUGCUAUGUAUUUGUUUCCCAUUCCUUUGGUUAACCUCAACUUCCCUGCUAAACUUGCUAUCAUUCCUCUCGUUGUUCUUGAUUUCAUCUUUUUCAUUGCUUUCUUGGUGUGGCUGAGGGAAGUGAAGUUCAUAAAACCACUUAGAUACUAUGUGGCUUUCUACGUAUCAACCACGGGUUUCCCGAUUGGAUUUGUGGUCAAGUUUGUCGUGGCCGCGUAUUACGACGACCCUGAAAGUGUCCCCCUGUUUGCUUUGUUUCUUUCUCAUGGAAUCUUAUUCUGUAUCAUAGCCCUGGUUGCUUUAGUGUUCUUCAUGAAAAACAUUUGCCAAGACGAAAGCGGAGAUUGUGAGUGUCAGUGUUCAUGCUCCUGUUUUUGGUCUUUCUGUGGAAUGCUGAUUCUCGUUGCCGCGUGGACCCUUAGUAUGGUCGAGAUCACUUACUAUGUGUGGCCCCAAAGCCUCCCGUACUUUGUCUACUUGGAGUACCUUGCACCCUGCACACUCUCGCAAGCGCUCGCUCCUCUGUGGCUCCUGCUGCUCUGCACUCUGAUCGUCACACACUCCUAUUUCUUCAGCAGUAUCAGAAGAGGUGGAAAUGCCAAGUCCGCGGCGCUGCACCUGACGCCAGACCUCCUUCAUCUGUACGGGAUGUGCUGCACCGCCGUCAUCCUCACCUUCUACUAUGACCAGCACCUACAGAUUGUACCCGGUAUCGACCAGUACAUGAAACCCUUCUGGCCUCUCCUGCUGGCUGAUUUGCUGGGAAUCAUUGGCUUGCUGUUAAGACUCUGCAGCCAUUGGUGUUCGACCCGCAAUAGGUCAGCACUGGCAGCAGCGAUCAGACUUAGGCAUCUGCACACCUUUGGCAGCUUACCUCCCUAUGAAUUGCAUCUCGACGAUGAUGGUGAUGCACACGCCGGGACAAUCAGCGCGGCAAAGACAGCAGUAAAGGACACAGUCUGUGACUACCAGUUAGCUUGUCAGCGAUUCAAGAAUUCCUUGGGAAUCGACGAUGGCUACUUCUCUCAUGGGCGGGACAAGUGUUUCUGCGAGGUUUGUCACCUGACCCGUAGAGAUGACAACUAUUACAAGCGGGGCAAACCAAAGAAGAAGUGUGCAGUGCCUGUUGGUUGGACCAGAUUUGGUCUUAGCUUGAAUCCAACCUUCAAGGACAGCGAGCUGAAUGUAUUCGACAACUGGCACCACGCGUACCAUGGAACGGAUCCUGAUGUGGUGAAGAGGAUUCUACAGAACAGCUCACAACUGCUGAUGCCAGGAGACGUUGUUUUGGGUGGCCGCAGAUUGGAAGAGAGGGAAGGCCAUUUCACCCCUCACAGGAAACCUACAGGGUUCGACACCAAACAAGUGUUCGUAACGCCAAGCAUCGUGUACGCUGGAUUAGAUGCCUAUGCCAGUCCUAAAAGGUUCCAAGAUAAUGGCAAGGUGUACAACGCCCGUAUCGCCUUCCAGCUGUGUAUCCGGCCGGACAGUUACGAGGUUGGACCGGAGACGGUGGGUGCCAGGAGGGAGGGCAGAACCAUCGACCUUCUCUUCAGUAACGACGAGCUGGAAUGGUCCACGAAGGAAAGAGGGGGCACUGCACUCUACGGACUCCUGGUCAAGUUGGAACCCCUCGACCCCUUUGAUUGUGAUACCCUAUCUACUAGAUUGAUGAGUAAUGAACUUGCAAAGGAACUAACAGAAGGCUCACUGGCGUGACUGAGAUUAUUUAAGGCGGAAUAUAAUUUGAAUACACAUGUAAAGGUCGCAUAUACUAAUAGAAAAAACCUUGUAGAUAACAUUUUUGUAACUUGCUGCAAGUGCUCUAUGAAUGAUCGCAUUGUACAGUUAUUGCAUUAUUGUUAACGCGAGGGCUGUGUGCGUCAGACUUAAACAUUAAUUUCCUCCAUGGCACCCCUCCUGCCUCCAGACGUCAGUAAAUGGGGGUGACACUGGUGACACCGACUUUUAGAUCAAAGGAGAAACACUUUUGUAGCGCCGCUUGAAAGCAAAGUCAACCAUUUAUCUGUCCAUUAUCGAGUUGGAAAUAUGUAAGGCAGCCAACUUUUUAUCAGAAAAGUAUAUAGAUAGUAAUAUUUGUAUAAGACAACAGAGAUAUCGAAUCAGCAAGUAGUAUUCUCUCUUCACAAUCGAUAUUCUAAAGAAGGACAGUUUUGGAAACCAUCAAAUCUUAGCAGUUAAAUUUGUAUGAAGACACCGGUUAUGCUCAUCUUUGUAAGCACGAGUCAAAAUCGUGACCUUUUCCUUAUAUGCCGUCUUCUUCCUGUCAGCUAACCCUAUCAGAUAGAAAAGGCGACAUAUUAGAGGAAAGGUCACAAUUUCCAUCAAACUCUGUUUGGAGAGUAGGGUCACAUAUGCUGUUAAAGUGACACUUGAUAGUUUUGUAGUUAUUGGUAUUUUGUUCGCUUCAAAUUCAUGGAGCUGAACUUAUUCAAAGUAAAUAAGUAUAAUCCACAUUCACACAAAGUUGAGUUAUUUGUUAAGCCAAAGGUGGAUUUUACUCUGAAGAUAUCAAUUUCCUGUGGCGCCACGUUGGCCGGAUAUUAGUAAAUACUUAAGAUUAAAAGAACAAAGAAGUACGUGUGUUGUGCCGCUUGGACGUGAGGUCAGCAACCUUUUCGCUCAAUAAUAAAGGGAAACGUAUCAGACUGUCAAAA